AUGGGUGAAUUCGAUAUCGAAAAGACCAGCGCGAAACCUGCCUCGAGCAGAGAUUCUCGCUCAGGCGAUUCCGACUCUGAUGCAGCUCGUCUGGCGGAAAUGGGCUAUACCCAGGAUUUGAAUCGCAAUUUCAACGUCCUCUCCUUGGUUGGUAUUGCUUUCUGCAUGUCCAACUCCUGGUUCGGUAUUUCUGCUUCUAUGAUUACGGGCAUUAACUCCGGUGGUACGGUGCUGAUCAUCUAUGGUCUGUUGUGGAUUACUUUUAUCUCUAUGGGUGUCGGUGCUUCCCUUUCCGAGUUGGCUAGUUCGAUGCCCAACGCUGGUGGACAGUAUUUCUGGGCUUUUGAGUUGGCCCCGCGGAAGUAUGCUCACUUUGCUUCUUACCUCAGUGGCUGGUUUGGCUAUGCUGGUGCUAUCUUCGCGUGUUCCAGUGUCGUUCUUGGCCUUGGUCAGGCGGCUGUGGGCAUGUGGCAACUUGGUCAUCCUGAUUUUGUCGUUGAAGCCUGGCACGUCGUCCUCGCAUACCAGUUGAUCAACUUCUUCUGCUUUUUGUUCAACUGCGUUGGAAAGGUCCUUCCUCUCGUUGCCAAGUGCACUCUUUGGAUCUCUCUGACCUCCUUCUUGGUCAUUCUGGUCACUGUUCCGGCCUGCGCUCGCCCUCACGCAAGUGCCAGCUACGUGUUCGGCCACUUCGUCAAUUCCACUGGCUGGAAGUCCGACGGUAUGGCCUUCAUCGUGGGUCUGAUUAACCCGAACUGGAUCUUCGCCUGUUUGGACUCCGCUACCCAUCUUGCCGAGGAAGUGCCCAACCCCGAGAGAAACAUCCCCAUCGCCAUCAUGGCUACCGUUGUCAUUGGCUUCGUCACUUCUUGGACCUACUGUAUUUCCAUGUUCUUCGGAAUCAAGGACCUGGACGAACUCAUCAACAGCUCCACCGGUGUCCCCAUCCUGCAACUCUACUACCAGGCUCUGGACAACAAGGCCGGUGCCAUCGUCCUAGAGACCCUCCUCCUGGUCACCGGCAUGGGAUGUCAGAUUGCAUGCCACACCUGGCAAUCCCGUCUAGCGUGGGCGUUUGCUCGUGAUCGGGGAAUGCCCGGCCACCAGUGGCUGUCGCAGGUGAACCACACGCUGGACGUGCCCCUGUACGCGCACUCGGUCAGCUGCUUCAUCGUCGGUCUUCUGGGCCUGCUGUAUCUCGGCUCGACUACUGCUUUCAACAGUAUGAUGACUGCCUGCAUUUCCCUGUUGUAUGUCUCAUACUCGAUUCCCAUUCUGUGUUUGUGGUACCGUGGUCGUGAAAACAUUCAUCACGGUCCCUUCUGGCUUGGAAAGUGGGGCAUGGCUGCCAACAUCAUCACCGUUACCUGGACUGUUUUCUGUAUCGUGAUGUACUCUUUCCCUUCGACUAUGCCCGUUCACACUGGAAAUAUGAACUACGUCUCAGCUGUCUACGGCGUGGUGGUCUUCAUUAUGCUUGUGGAUUGGUUCGCUCGCGGAAAGCAUUCCUUCAAGCGUGAGGAAGUGGCUGAGGAUCAAGUUGAUAAGAUCGAGGUU